UUCCUGGCGAUUGCCAGAAAGCUGAACUUCCCUUCAUUUCCCAAUCGAGCCGCGCCCUGGCUGACUCAUCAUGCCUAUUCUCACCGCCGGAUGAACGGUUGAUCCGCCAGAUUUUUCUGGAUGGCCCAAACGGGUAAUCCAAUAUUGAUAUCUUCAUUUGCUUCAAUUCAACUACUUCUUACCCCUCCAUCGUUGACCUCAAUUGCAGCAAACGAUGGUCUCGAAGAAAGCAUCUCACCGCCCGCCCCCGGGUGCCGGCCUCGACGCGAAGCCCCGCAACAAAAUCCAGCGUCAACUCCUGCAUAUCAAGCGCAAGCGCGCCAAGGACUCUUCUCGCCGUGCCGAACGGUAUGCCUUUAAGAAGGAAGAGGCCAAGAACCCCAAGCUGAAGGAGGAGCGUCUGAAGCGCAAUAUCCCCCUGACUAUCGACCGCAAGCGAGUCUGGGAUGAUGCCGGCAGCGACGUCGAGGACGGUCUGGGACUGAGUGUGGACGUUGAGCGCAUCAAGCGGCGCAAGCAAGAGGAAGAGGAGGAGCUGAACCGGCCCCUGAACGAGGAUGAGCAGUCCUCCGACGCCGAAGAAGGAUCAGAGGAUGACGACGACGAUGUGGACAGCAUGCUCGCCAGCAGCGACGAGGAAGACGAAGACGCCUCCGACGACGAAGAUGCAGACUCGGAUUCCGGCAAGAAGAAAUCCUCCUCCGAGACUCGCGGGCGCAGCAAAUCAUCCCUCCCAACAGCCACAGAGCGCGCAACCAGCCCCUCUCAAUCGACCAAGAGCACCAACCUAAGUCUAGUCCCCGACGCUCUGGCGGCCAAAUUCCCCUCCCUCUUCAGCACCGAGAACCCCAAGUCCCCCAAAAUCCUCAUCACGACGUCCCUAAACUCGUCCCUCCACCACGAAGCCGAGCUCCUCACCGACCUGUUCCCCAACUCCGUCUACGUCCGCCGCACGCGCCACCGCUUCGCGCACCAAUUCUCCAUCCGCGAGAUCUCCAAAUUCGCCACGAACCGCAACUUCACGGCGGUGGUGAUCCUCCGCGAAGACCAGAAGAAGCCGGCCGGUCUGGACAUCGUGCAUCUCCCCACGGGACCCAUGUUCCACUUCUCCAUGACGAACUGGGUCGAGGGCAAGCGCAUUCCAGGCCACGGGCGCGCCACGGAGCACUGGCCCGAGUUGAUCUUGAACAACUUCCGCACGCCGUUGGGUCUGUUGACGGCGCACUUGUUCCGGACGUUGUUCCCACCGCAGCCGGAUAUCGAGGGCCGGCAGGUCGUGACAGUGCUGAAUAGUCGCGAUUAUCUGUUCUUCCGUCGUCAUCGGUAUGUGUUCCGUGAGAAGAGGGAGACGGAGAAGGCGGUUGUGGGAUCUGAUGGAAAGGAGAUGAAGGGGGCGGAGGGGAUCAGGGCGGGUAUGCAGGAAUUGGGACCCCGGUUUACGUUGAAGUUGCGCAGAGUUGAUAAGGGGAUUCAGAGAGCUAGUGGGCAGGAGUGGGAGUGGAAGGGACAAAUGGAGAAGACGAGGACAAAGUUCCAGCUAUAGUUCUUGCUUCCUUCCUCCAUGCCUUUUUUACUUAUUCAGUAUCUACCCGCUGUUGUCUUUGUUUCUUGCCAUGUUCUGUGUCUAGCCUGUUGAUGUUGUGCUCGACUGCAUUGGGUUCGGGGCGUUAGGAUAAAAAAGGUAUAUUCUGCUUGUUCACUUGCUUCUUAUUAUUGUAUGUACGUUGGAGAUAUCACAUCUAUA